AUGAUCGUAUCAGGUUCCUUGGGUCGUCAGAUAGUACCAGAAAUCGAAGUAUGGCCACAACUGGAAGCAAUUUAUGUGUUUUGCGGCAACCAAUCGGUUCAUGAACAAUGGGCUAAAAAAAUAAGCAAGGUUAAGGGUGUAUACACAAAAAUAGAACCAAUUUGUCAAGCACUUGAAAUUGAUCGACAACGAUGUGAUCAAGCUAUGAUCCCGCUCAGCUUUAAUGGACUUGAUCCAUUAUUUAUGUAUACACAAUUGUUAAAGGAAGCACUCUUGGAGAUCGAAGAUGAUGAUAAAAAAUCCAUCAAAGACUUGACUGAUUAUUGUCGUGAACAGGAUGAUAUUUCUGAAGAUCAAAUUAAACGUGUUGAACGUGAAUAUCGUGAUCAUACACCAAUAUGGUGGUAUACAGCGGAGACAUUUAUUUAUCCCAUGCUCAAUCGUGGACUCCGACAAAUGGAUGUCGAUAUUAUCCUGAAAAUGGGCUUUUUCAUACGUCAUUUACAUCAACAUAUUAAAGAAUUACAUCGUGAACAACAAGGGAACAUGCCAGCAAAAUUUCAAGUCUUCCGUGGACAAGGUUUGUCCAUGGAAGAUUUUGAAAAAAUGAAAAAAACCAAAGGAGGACUUAUGUCCUUCAAUAACUUCCUGUCAACAAGUCGUAAUCGUCAGAUAUCUUUCAACAACUUUGCACGACCAGCUACAAACAAUCCUAAUUCAGUCGGCAUCCUCUUUAUUAUGAACAUUGAUACGGCUAUUUGCACAAAAUCAUCAACACCAUUUGCUGAAGUAAGCAAAGUUGGUUACUACAAAGAUAAAGAGGAAGAAAUACUAUUUUCAACACAUGCGAUUUUUCGUAUCGAUCGCAUCGAAAGAAUUGAAGAUAAACAUACUGAUCGUUUAUGGCAAGUUAGUCUCACCAUCGUGGGUAAUCAAGAUGAUGAGCUUAACAAACUUACAGCACACAUACGCGACGAUGUCAACUCGAAAGCACCAAAACGAGGAUGGUCACAACUAGCUUUCAUACUUCUCAAACUGGGCGAGCCUGCAAAAGCUGAAAAGCUCUACAAGAUACUCCUCCCACAGGCAACUUCUGAUACGGCUCGAGCAGAUUACAACCAUAAACUUGGUUGGGCGUAUUAUGACAUGGGCGAGUACUCGAAAGCACUUUCGUCGCAUGAACGAUCACUUGAAAUCCGUAAAAUAGCUCUCCCUCCAAAUCAUCCCGACUUGGCUUCUUCCUACAACAACAUCGGGUUGGUGUAUUAUAACAUGGGCGAGUACUUGAAAGCACUUUCAUCGCAUGAACGAUCACUUGAAAUCAAGAAAAUAGCUCUCCCUCCGAAUCAUCCCGACUUGGCUGCUUCCUACAACAACAUCGGUAAUGUGUAUAAAGACAUGGGCGAGUACUCGAAAGCACUUUCAUCGCAUGAACGAUCACUUGAAAUCAAGAAAAUAGCUCUCCCUCCGAAUCAUCCCGGCUUGGCUGCUUCCUACAACAACAUCGGUAAUGUGUAUAAAGACAUGGGCGAGUACUCGAAAGCACUUGCGCCGUAUGAACGAUCACUUGAAAUCAAGAAAAUAGCUCUCUCUCCGAAUCAUCCCUCCUUGGCUUAUUCAUACGACAACAUUGGUUUAGUGUAUUCUAAUAUGGGAGAGUAUCCAAAAGCACUUUCAUCCCAUGAAAAAGCACUAAAUAUCCUAGAAAAAACGCUACAGCCAAAUCACCCUGAAUUGGCUAGUUGCUACAACAACAUCGGCUUGGUGUAUGAUAACAUGGGCGAGUAUUCGAAAGCACUCAAAUUUCUGCAAAAAGGACUUGAGGUACGACAAAUAUCACUUCCACCCAAUCAUCCAAAUAUCGCACAAUCGAAAAGAAACAUUGAAAAUGUAAAAAAGAAAAUGUAA